CUUAACAGUUGCAAUCAUAUCUAGUGUACACAGAAGACAGUACUACAGGCCCUGCGCACACAGAAUAUUACAUCAAUAAAGAAACGGGCCGCCCCUCCAGCGAGAAACUUCAGUGUGUUUCCACGAACGGAGGGAAACGAUCGCUCGCUCGCAAUGUUCUGAAAUAAAUACAAAAAUUAAUAAGCUCGGACGGUGUAUAGAAAAAUUAAAAUAAAAUUAAAUCGAAAAUGUUUGCCGUGUGGUUCCUUUUGGCGUUAUGUGGAUGCGUUCAUGGAUUCGCGUUACCUUUCGAAGGAUUGUAUAAAUUGGAUAUUAUUCACUACAAUGAUUUUCAUGCUCGGUUCGAAGAGACCUCAGUAGACACUCCAAGCUGUAGGUACAAUAACAACUCAUGCAUUGGUGGCUUCCCUCGUCUCUACAAGGAGAUCCACACACUUCUAGAAGAGAAACCAGACUCCAUAGUCUUGAAUGCUGGAGACAGUUUCCAAGGAACCUACUGGUAUACCCUGUUGAAGUGGAAUGUCACUCAGGAGUUCAUGAAUUUGAUACCUCAUGAUGCUCAUGCCUUAGGAAAUCAUGAGUUUGAUGAUGGGCCUGAAGGUCUAGCCCCUUACUUGAAAGCUCUGAAGGCACCCGUGCUUGCUGCCAACAUGGACGUCAGUGAGGAGCCGAUUUUAGAAGGACUGUUCAUACCUCACAUCAUUUUGAAGAGGAAGGGAAGGAAGAUUGGAAUAAUUGGGCUGAUCACUCCAGAUACGGCGAAACUAUCGUCACCAGGCAAGGUGAAGUUUACUGAUCCCAAGGAGGCAACGAAGCGAGAAGCUGAAAUAUUGUAUAGGAAAGGCGUGGACAUCAUUAUUCUACUGUCUCAUUGCGGGUUCGAAUCUGACAAGGAAAUAGCCCGUGAUGUAGGUGAACAUAUAGAUAUCAUUGUUGGAGGCCACAGUCACAGUCUGCUCUGGAACGGCAAGGCACCGAGUGGGGAGGCGGUUCAAGGACCCUACCCUGUGUUCAUAGAGCCUACUGCUAAUAAAAAACAUGAGGUUCUGAUCGUCCAAGCAUCAGCCUUCACCAAGUACAUGGGCAACCUGUCCGUAUAUUUCGACUUCCGAGGAGAUUAUGUCAAAUGGGAGGGAAACCCUCUAUAUCUGGACCGGUCUAUUCUAGAAGACCAAGAGGUGAAAGAAAAGUUGGCUCCUUAUGCGAAGAGAGUACACGAGGCUGAGAAUGUUCCCGUUGGUUCAACUGUAAACACUAUGUGGUUCAGCGACUGUGUCUUUGGGGAAUGUACCAUAGGAAACCUGCUUGUUGAUGCCAUGGUUGAAAAUGCCAAUAACGCUACUUCUAAAGACAUACACUACUUAUCAUUUAUCCAACGUGGAAACAUUAAGGCAUCGAUAAUUGAAGGAGUGGUGACGGCAGGAUCGAUUUUCGAACUCCUGCCAUUCAAUGAUCGUGUGGAGAUCUUCGAUAUCGAAGGGAAGUACAUACGACAGGCUCUGGAGAGGAGCGUCAUUGAUGCUUGGGCCUACAACCCUUUUAAGGGACCCUGGUUGUUACAGGUUUCUGGACUCCGAGUAACCUACAACGUAUCUUUACCUGAGCAUCAUCGUAUCACCUCCAUAGAGAUCGGGGAGAGGAAGGAACCUCUCGAUGAUAGCAAAUUAUACCACGUGACUGCACCUUUAUAUUUGGCCAACGGAGGUGAUGGUUUUACCAUGUUCAAAGAAGGAAAACAGAACGAAAGAGAUAUAGGACGCGAUCAGAAGAUUUUAGAAGAAUACAUCAGAUCUCAUUCUCCUCUUAACAUCAAAGUCGACGGCAGAUUAAUAAUUAACAGUUGACUGAAUUAAACAAAAAGAAAAACACGUCAAGUUGAUUGGAAAUAUACGGCUUAGUAAUAUAAAACUAAUCGAUAUAGUGAAUUGCGUGACACCACCGCUCAUGAAUAUGAAUCCCGUUGUAAUUUGAAACUAGUCGGGCUUUACUCGAAUAACAGCCGUAUAAUUCAAUUAAUAUAAAAUUACACAGAUUAUU